AUGGGAAAGAAGAUUUCUUGCCACUUUGUGGUGUUUCUAACAUGCUCAAGCUUACUGUGUGUACUUAAGGUAGCAGUUGCAGGGAGGGUAGUGCCUCUUUUGCAGGGAUAUGAAAAAGGGAGUUAUGGAUAUAGCAGAUCAUUCAAUAACAUUUUUGAUACUUCCAAUUAUGGGACUGUCCAGCUCAACAAUGGAUUGGCUAGAACUCCUCAGAUGGGAUGGAAUAGCUGGAAUUUCUUUGCCUGCAAUAUCAAUGAAACCGUCAUCAAGGAAACAGCUGAUGCACUUAUUUCUACCGGUUUGGCUAAGUUAGGUUACGUGUAUGUCAACAUAGAUGAUUGCUGGUGUUCAAUACGAGAUUUAAAGGGUCAACUGGUCCCUGAUUCAAAAACCUUUCCGUCAGGAAUUAAAGCUCUCGCUGAUUAUGUUCAUGGGAAGGGCCUCAAGCUUGGCAUUUAUUCUGAUGCUGGGGCUUUUACAUGUCAAGUUCGACCAGGAUCACUGUUCCACGAAAAAGAUGAUGCAGAACUUUUUGCUUCUUGGUUCAUCAAGUACCAUAGGAACAAAUGGGCUUUGAAACUAGUUGGACAUUCACUUCAUUGCCCCAUUCCUGGUAAAGGUGUAGAUUAUUUGAAGUAUGACAACUGUUUCAAUUUGGGCAUCAAGCCAAAAGAAAGAUAUCCACCAAUGCGUGAUGCUCUAAAUGAAACUGGACGCACAAUUUUUUAUGCAAUAUGUGAAUGGGGUGUAGAUGACCCUGCAUUAUGGGCUGAUAAAGUUGGAAACAGUUGGCGUACAACAGAUGACAUCAAUGAUUCAUGGGCAAGUAUGACUACUAUAGCCGAUCUGAAUGAUAAAUGGGCAUCUUAUGCCGGACCUGGUGGAUGGAAUGAUCCUGAUAUGUUGGAAGUUGGCAAUGGCGGCAUGACUUACCACGAGUAUCGUGCUCAUUUUAGCAUAUGGGCCUUAAUGAAGGCCCCCCUUUUGAUUGGUUGCGAUGUAAGAAACAUGACUGCAGAAACUAUUGAAAUCCUAACCAAUGAGGAGGUCAUUGCUGUAAAUCAAGGUGAAGUUCAUCCUCUCUCUGUUGGUUUGUUGGGGGCUUGGGGUGUGUUCCAUUUUGUUGAGGGGAGGAAGGUUUAUUCCAGUGGAACUGAUGGUUGCCUACAGGUCUGGGCAGGUCCUUUGUCUGGACAUCGCAUAGUUGUUGCUUUCUGGAAUCGAUGUUCAAAAGCUGCAACUAUCACUGCUGGAUGGGAUGCACUUGGACUUGAAUCCAGCACUAGCGUCUCAGUAAGAGACCUGUGGCAGCACAAAGAUGUGGUGGAAGAUGCAGUGGCAUCAUUUGGAGCUCGAGUUGAUGCUCAUGAUUGCCAAAUAUUUGUUUUUACUGUUCAUUCAGCGUAUCACUCUGAAAUCUAG